AGCCCUCCUCUCGCCCCCGUCAUCUCAGAUGCUUUAGGAAACGUGGCCUUAUCGAGGUUUCAGCUGCACCUGGUUGAUGAAUGAGCUUCAAACAGCUUCAGCUUCCUCUUAUCUCCGCCUGUCACUUUCCACUGCAGCCUCAGGAGACUACCUGUAGAAGCCCUAUAAAGAACCACCAUGGCAGAGGCAGAACCUGUUCCUGAGGCCGCCCUGAACGCCACGGAGUCCAACGGGACCGAGGCGCUGAACGCAACGGCUAAAUUCGUGGCCACUCCGGAGGGCACGGCGCUGGCCUACGGCAGCCUGGUGUUCAUGGCCCUGCUGCCCAUCUUCUUCGGAGCGCUGCGGUCCGUCACCUGCUCCAAGUCCAAGGAGCUCGGAGAAAAUGGGUACGAUUCUGGGUUCAGAAAUUCUGCUGAUGCUCCAGAGACCAUAACCAGUCGGGACGCCGCCCGGUUCCCUAUCAUCGCCAGCUGCACUCUGUUCGGACUCUACCUCUUCUUCAAGGUGUUUUCUCAAGAAUACAUCAACCUGCUGCUGUCUGUCUACUUCUUCGCCCUGGGUGUCCUGGCUCUGUCUCACACCAUGAGUCCUGCGGUGUCCAGAAUCUUCCCAGUAUCUUUCCCAAACAAACAGUACCAGCUGCUCUUCACCCAGGGCUCUGGAGAGUCCAAAGAAGAAAUAGUGAAUUAUGAGUUUGACACCAAGAACCUGGUGUGUCUGCUCAUCAGCAGCGUGGUGGGCGUCUGGUACCUGCUCAAAAAGCACUGGAUAGCCAAUAAUCUGUUUGGCCUGGCGUUCGCCCUGAAUGGAGUGGAGCUGCUCCACCUGAACAACGUCAGUACCGGCUGCAUCCUGCUGGGGGGGCUGUUCGUCUACGACGUGUUCUGGGUGUUUGGGACCAACGUCAUGGUAACGGUGGCCAAGUCAUUCGAGGCACCAAUCAAACUGGUGUUUCCUCAGGACCUACUGGAGAAAGGACUGGAAGCCAGUAACUUCGCCAUGCUGGGACUGGGAGACAUCGUCAUCCCGGGUAUCUUCAUCGCCCUGCUGCUGCGCUUCGACGUCAGCUUAAAGAAGAACAGCAGGACGUACUUCUACUCCAGCUUCCUGGCCUACAUCUUUGGACUGGGCCUCACCAUCUUCGUCAUGCACACCUUCAAACACGCACAGCCCGCCCUGCUAUACCUGGUCCCUGCUUGCGUCGGCUUCCCCGUCAUCGUGGCGCUGCUCAAAGGAGAGCUCACAGAGAUGUUCAGGUACGAGGAGUCUUCUGAGGAGGCGGAGCCUAAUGAGGAGUCAUCAGAGUCUGAGAAGAAAAAGGACCAAUAGCCUCUGUCGCUUCCACCCUCCACCUCUACAUUUCACUGAAGCCCCACCCCCUCAUGGUUCCAGCUGAGGGGGCGGGGUUUAUGUUGCCAACAUGUUUGUGUCUGGUCUCCAUGGUUACAGCUUCUAUGGCACCCUGAGUGGUGGAGUUUGUUUUUACUUGCCUGACUCCUCCUCCACCACGUCACGGCUGCACUCACAGAGCUGCAGAGGCGGGGCCAGAUGAGUGGGCGGGGUUUGUAACUUGCCUGCUCGGAUGGACCAGAAAGCCGUUAAAGGUCGUCCUGAGAGCUGAAACCUUCUCAGCGUGUCACUGCUUCCUGGUUUAUCCACUGCCUUCUGCUUCUCUGUCUGCUCACUUUUAUUUGCUUCAGUUUUACUUUGUUCCUGUAAAAAUGCCACAAUUUUAAGGUUUCUGAAUGUUUACAGUUGUUUCAUCAAACAUCUGGAAGAAUCCAUGUUUUUACUGUUAGUGCGGAGCGAUGAAAUUGAUUUGGACUUUUUAUUUCUGUAUUAUAAGUUCAACCUUUUUGCCAUUGACACUUAAAACAGCUGUGUGACUGAGCUGCAGCUGGUAGUUUCUGCUCCUAUGAGUUUGUUAGAUUUUAUGGGGUCUGUUUUAUUAUUUUCAGUCACUCAUUCUGCUUCUGUCUGAACAUGAUUGUUUUAGUCAGACGGGAAAAAAAUGCAGAAAAUCAUCAGGCGUGGGUUUAAAUUAUAGACUUUUCUUUGUACCAAACUGGACUAAAACAUAACAGCUCUGAUAAAUAUGUUCAAAGGACAGACUGGUAAAACCUAAAAUACUUUUUUUGUAAAGUUAAGGCAUCACCCUAAACCAGGUCCGAGCUGCAAUUAUUGGAGGAGGCGGUGAGGAGGACCUCACUGCCUGCGUCCUCAUUCUGCAAUAUGAUUGGUGCUCAGGCUGUAAGAGGAGGAGCCAGGUACAGCUCAGCCAGUCAGCUGUGAGAAUGAGCAUGGGAGAAAACAUACAUGUGAUCGGAGUUCAGCCUCGUUCUGAUUGGUUAAUGGGAGAUUAAGAAACAUUUACUGAUCCAGUUUUGUCAUAUCUCAAAAUAUUUACCGAAAGCUGAAUAAAUGUAAACAUUAAAUUAGAACUUUAUGAUGUAACCAUGCUUGGAAAUGACAGGAGGGGUCAUUAGACCUCAGAGGAGCUCUACCAGAGCUGAAGGUCAGGAUGUAGUCGGUUAAGGGCUAUUCUGUCAACCUGCUGGAUCGGUCUGCUGAAUCACAGGAAACUGAGAAACAACAUGACUCAAGCUUUCAGGUGGGGUGGAUUAACCAGAACUACAUUUCCCACAAUGCCCAGGCUAUGACAGCUGAUGUAAAGCAGGUGAUAUGGAGAAGUCUUGAAAUGUUUGAUCUUACCCACUGAGGAACAUCUCAAGCCUCACGUUCAUAUUUUUAUUAUUGAUGGCUGACGCUUUAUUGACUGAUGACAGUUUUGUAUUUUGAUGUAAAAACAGAUCAGUUCUAAAAUCAUUCUUCUCUCCAGCUCCAUGGAGUUCAGUAACCCUUCGUAAACUUUAACUCUGAUGUUUCUCAAAUGUUUUCUCUUCUCUUAUUUGUGAAAACGUUUGUUUCACGACCCAAACUGUAUCUGUUUAAUUUACAAUAAACCUUUUGGUGGUUUGGUCACCGUCUAGAGAAGCAUAA